AUGCCCUCGGUGAAGCCCAGGGGCGCCAAGGGCGGCCACGGAGCCGCGAGCCCCUCGGACAAGGGCUCCUCCCAACCGUCGGGCGGCGCGGGUGACGUGGCCAAGAAGACACCGCCGCCCGCGCAGUCCCUGCAGCAGCCGCCGCCGCUCCGGACGCACGAGCAGCCGAUGCCGCCGCCGCCGCAGCAACAGGCGCACGGCAAGGGCGGCCACCGUGGCAAGGCGGCCGCCAACGCCGCCUCGUCCUCCGAGCCCUGCUCGCGCUGGCGCGGCCACUCGGCCGAGUCUUUCCUCUUCUACCUCGCGCUGGUCGUGGCCACCGGCCUCUCGGGCUGGUAUGCCCGCCGAUUCCUAGACGAGGUGCAGCAGGUCCGGCGCAGCCACCAGGACUUGAACCAGCAGAACGAUGUGUUGGUCCAGGGCUUGCAAGACGUCGAGCAGAAGGUGCAUUCCCUGCAGACCAUACUUGGGGCCUUUGAGUCUACCCUGAGGAGCUCGCAACAUAAGCAGGAUCUAACAGAGAAGGCGGUGAAGCAAGGGGAGGGCGAGAUCAACCGCAUCAGCGAGGUGCUGCAGAAGCUGCAGAAUGAGAUUCUCAAGGACCUCUCGGACGGGAUCCAUGUGGUGAAGGACACGCAUGAACAGGACUUCAUGUCUCUGGAGAAGACAGUAGAGGAGCGGCUGACAGAGCUCACUAAUUCCAUUAACGACAACAUCGCCCUCUUCACUGAUGUGCAGAAGAGCAGCCAGAAGGAGAUCAACGAGGUGAAGGCUAAGGUUGCCAGGCUGGGGGUGCUUGAGGGAACUCCACGGGAGUUGCAGGGACUGCAGGAGGCUGUGCAGGUUCUGCAGGCAGCCGGAAAGCCCCAGGAUGGGGAGCUGAAAGCCCUGCAGCAUACCCUGAGCACACUGGAGGCUGAAGUGAACUCUCAGGUCAAGGAGCUGGUGAACCUGAAGCAGGAACAGAAGGGGUUUGGGGAGGAAGCCGAGGUACAGCGUCUGGCCCUGAGCACUCUGGAGGAGAAGUUGGCCGAGGCCAAGCAAGCCAGUGUCCACUUCUCUGCCCAACUCCAGAGGUUGGAGGAGGAGCUGCACAAGCUGCGGGCGGAUGUCAAGGAGCCCCCGAGCCUGGACGCCUGGGAAGCUCUGCAGAAGGAGAGUCGGGAGUUGGACUCGAGGCUCCAGAGCAUGGAAAGUGGAGUGCAGGUCGCUCAGGCAGUGGCUGCCCGGCAGGCCCAAACCCUGGAAACCCUUUUGUCCAACAGUGAGGAGCAGGAGCAGCGUUUGGCUGACCUGCAGAAGCACCUGGAAAACCUGGAUUCCUCCUCAGAUGCAGAGGUAGAGGCAGGCGGUCUGGCCAACACCGUGCAGAACCUGGGGGAGGCCCAGGUAGCCCUCUACAGUGACGUGGAGGAAAUGAAGAAAAGCAUGGGCGAGCUCCCCAGUAUUGUGGGCACCCUGCAGAGGGUGCAGGAGCAAGUGCACACACUACUCCAAACAGACCCCGCACCCCCUCAGGACCUCCUGGACCGCUUGGCAUCUCUGGACAGCCUCAAAGCCACCAUCAGCCAAGUGGAAUCAGACUUGAAAAUGCUCAAUACUGAUGUGGACAGCCUGGUGCAAUACUCGGAGAAGAUUGAGAUCAAUGAGAACAAACUGGAUUCUGUCAAGGACUUAGUUGAAAACCUGAGGAAUGACCUGGAUAGGUUAUUUCUCAGGGUUGAAAAGAUCCAUGAAAAUGUCUGAUGGGAGGCAGGGCACGG